UCCGUCAAACCCCGCGGCCUUCGGCUGCAGAAGAAGACAUUUCGAUGUUACCAGAAUGUAUGAGAGAUAUAUCCAGAUUCUGCUCUGGAGUGACUGUCAUAAUAAUAGCUGUUAUUGCGUCUGAUGUGCGUUUGUGCGGUGUCGAGCAGCCGUUUUGAUGAGAGCAGUAUGUCGGUGCAUUUUGAGGAGAAAAGCGGAGUGAUCCCGUGUAAAACAGCGUGGGGCUCAUGGUACCAAACCAUGGAGGAGGUUUUCAUCGAAGUCAAUGUUCCUCCUGGAACUUCAGCCAAAGAGAUCAAGUGUAACAUCGGGAGCAAACAGAUCGAGCUGCGGGUCAAAGACCAGCAGGUCUUCAAGGGGAAGCUGUUUGGAUCCACAGUCGGCGAUGAAGCCAUGUGGACGUUAGAGGACAGAAAGCUGAUCCGGAUCGUCCUGAUGAAGUCAAACCGGGAGGCUGGGAACUGCUGGCAGUCUCUGCUGGAGGGCGAGUUCGCGGCGGAUCCGUGGGUUCAGGAUCAGAUGCAGAGGAAGCUGACGCUCGAGAGGUUUCAGAGAGAGAACCCUGGAUUUGACUUCAGCGGAGCAGAGAUCUCUGGGAACUUUCACGGCGGUGGACCAGAUUUCUCCAGCUUGCAAAAAUAAGAGGACUACUUUCAUUCCUGUACUUGAAGUCUUACUAAAUUACAGGAGUUUUUUUUCCUGGAGAAUAUAUUUCUUCCUCUGGAGCCUGAGUUUCUGAUAUAGGAAGCGCAUCACAGCAAGUCUAGCUGUUGCUGUAAAGCCAUAAUAUAAUCACAAGCAGCCUUCGAGUCGCGUCUUCAUGGUGGGUUUCAUUUACAAAUGCCAAUUUUUUUUUUUGUAAUCACCAGCACAGUGGUGUUAGAAGACUGUUUGCUCAGCUUAUCCUUUCGGUUUCAAUAAAUCAUGCAAUUCAAGCACUUGUAAUAAAUGGCUC